CCCGCUGAAAGCCGGACCGGAGGCGCCGCGCCGCCAUUUUGUUGCUAACGCUGCUGGAACUGCGGGCCGCGGCGGUUGGCGCGACCGGUGGAGCUGCCCGCGGCGGCGGCAGCAGCGCCGGGCGCCCUUUUAAAGAGAUUUUUAAUCUGUUUAGGGCCUCUGUGCCCCAGCCGUAUUUUAGCACGCCAUGUCCGGAGAGGGAGCUGCCGGCGAUCAGGCUGCUGAAUAUGUCCCAGAAAAAGUGAAGAAAGCUGAAAAGAAACUAGAAGAAAAUCCAUAUGACCUUGACGCGUGGAGCAUUCUCAUUCGAGAGGCACAGGUUUAGUGACAUAGGAUUACAUUUCCUUAUCUAUGGUCCACUCACACUAUUUGGUUCUGGAGUAAAAUCAGCAUAUUCAUUUACAUAAAUCAUAAUAUUGUAAAUGCUGUUUUGAUUUUCAAUUUUUAGAAUCAACCUAUAGACAAAGCACGGAAGACCUAUGAACGCCUUGUUGCCCAGUUCCCCAGUUCUGGCAGAUUCUGGAAACUGUACAUUGAAGCAGAGGUUAAUAUUUUUACAUUUUUUCUUAUAUAACAUUUAAUAGGAGUUUAAGUUUACACUUUCAUAAGCAUAAAUAAGAUAGGUACAUAAUAUCUAGGGUAAAGGGGAUUUUAAAUAUGCCUUGCCUUUAUUUUGUAAAAUAGGUACAAAGGAGUGAUUAAAAUGAAUUCUAAAGUAUUGGGUCUUUUAUGAGUUGAUGAUUGUUGCAUUAUGGAAUUGCAACAACAUUAAAACCGUUUUAAUGGUAUUGGAGUGCUUUAGCCUUUUAUUUACUUGUCGUGUCAAUUUAUUGCCUCCCGUGUCAUUUAUUUAGAGGACUUUUUUUUUAUUUAUACGUACAAACUUAUUUGAAUGGCUUUCUGUGAAUGUUUGGAUCUUUUAAUUUUUUUGCUUCCUUAGGGAAUUGUUUCUGUGAACAGUGUUUUCAGGGAGGGUGUGGGAUGGAAGCUGACUUCUAGAAUGGAAUGCUGGGAAAAUGCAUUAGCACAACUCAUUAGCUUCUAAAAAUCCCAACAAAAUUGUGAUUGUUUACAUAACUAUAUAAAACUUCGCAUUAAGUGCAUUGAUCAUUUAAACAGUCUUUAACGACAUGCCAUGAAAUGCACUGAAUAAUUGGAUAUUUUUAAAAAAUUUUCUGUAGCUGAUAUUUAAUACUAAUACACAUGCUUUUUGUGGGGAUCUUCUAGCUGCACAUUUUUCUUGAGACAGAUCUUCUACAUGCUAAAUUACGGGGGUGGAGACCUGUGUUCUGUAGAUGAGAAAUGAGAUAGCUAUUUUUUUCCCAUUUUAUGUGAAAAUUGCCUGAGCAGCAAUCUGAGUGGCCAAACUGCAUUUUAUAGCUAUCAUAUCUUAUUUUACAUUAAAUUACGUAUCCAAGUGUGUUCUGGCAGUAAAUUUUAAAGAUUUUUAAAUAAAAUUGGGAUCGUGGUAAUCUAACAAAUUUUUAUAUUGCAGUUUAUAGUAAGAUGUUAUAGUGUAAUCUAAAUUUAAUAUUACCUAAUUAAAUAUCAUAGAAUUUUCACUAUUUUGUUUCCAGUAGUUUGUAGGAGUAGUUGGAAUGUCUGUGAUUGGACAUAUUUGGGAUGUUGUGAAUGCACUAACACAUACAGAUGUAUAUUUUCCUCUUGGGACCCUGCAGCCAAAUCCAUUAGCCUCUUGUACCCUGCAAUGUUUGCUACAGGAUCUAGUCUUUAGAAUCUAAUUUAGUUAGAUUACAUUAAGUUAUCUGGUUUCUGUGCUUAUUUAAAACCUUUAUCUUUCCCAUGCCUGAGAUUUAAGAGUUAAAUAAGACCACCUCAGAAAGCCUGUACUACAUUGUAGGUCUUUCAGCGUAAAGUACUAUUAUCAGUGUAAAGCUUCUUGUCUGAGGCUUCUUGUCUUGAACCACAUUCAGAGAUGAAUUGCCAAACAUUACCUCCCUUAAUCCAUACCUUUUAACUAAUUUAUAAGUAGUAGUAUUUAGAAACGCUAACAGUGGCAAAGCUUAAAACAGGUCUAGGGUGUAAUUUUUUACGUGCUCCUUCAAGGAAGGAAGAUCAGCCUCUACCCAGCAGGUAUGGUAACCAGGUAACACAAGGUAAAUUUGAGAAGGAAAGAAUUGGCAUAAAGAUCAUUAGCUCAUGUGUGUGUGUGUGUCUGCCUGUAACUACACUUCAAAGAUAAGAGAAAUUGAGUAUAUGAUUCUGUUAUCCAAAACAAUGGAAAAACAUGAACUGUAGAGUUCUGGUAGAGCUUACACUUGAAAAGGGUUGUAUUUGAAAGAAAUGUAAGAAGUUACUUUUUAGAAAUUUAUCUAUCAUCUUAGGCAAUUUUUUUAAAUACCAGUUACAACUUAAAUUUUCAGCUUUUCUGGUUCCAGUAAUUUCUGUCAAAACUCACAUAGUGACCAAUUUAAAAAGCAAUGUGAUUAUCUCUGCCUCUUUUAGUAUGUGUAACCAUUUAUAGCUAUAAGCUGAAAUAACUUACUUCCAAAUUCCUCUCUAAAAAUAUAUAUUCACACAAUUGGGUACUGUUGUCAGUGUUUUAAGUUGCAUAUCAUAUGUACAGUCCCAUCUGAGAGUAAAUUCAAAAUGAAAUGUUUUCUCAAAUGUUCUUUUAACAGCUUGGUUGAAUAUUAAUCAAGACUUCAAUUAAUUUUGUAAGGCUAUCUGAGAUAGAGGAAUUGAUUUGAGGCUUCUUUUAUUGCAGCCUCAAGAUGUACAAGGAACAUAGGGAAGGUAUUUUCCAAAAGCUUUUUUCCGUGGAAAUCUUAGUAGUCUCCUCCUGCUAGAAAGUUUCUCUUGGAUAGUUCAGAAGUAUAGAUCUUUCCAGCCUUGAGUUGGGAAAGUAAACCUGUGGUAAAUCUUUAGUAUUGUUUUUGAUUUACUGUCACUGCCUUGGUAUUUAAAUCUGAAAAUUGCUAAAUCUUCAGUCAUCUGUAAGCUGGUUGUCAAAACAAGCAUAUCAUUUUUCUCUUUAAUGUGAUAAUGUUUGGUCUUUACAUCACAGACAAAAAGGGAGAGGAAAGUGGUGGGGGGUUCUGGCAGGUUGUCUUUCAGUAGAGAAUUUUGUCCUCUGAAUGACAUAAAUCUGAGCUAAAUAUCAUUCCAUAGUGUUAUUCUAUUAUUGGAAGAUGAGCUAGGGUGAGGGUUAUGAUUAUGGCCUAACAAAGAAGGAAGUAGCCCUUUAACAGCUGUAUUCGUUAUAAAAUUGUUAGAAACUUCUAAAUUUCCUUUUCCCUAACUUGAGGAAUGUGUUCUUUUUAGUCACUUCCAAUUUUCAAGUAGAAAUCCUUGUUCAUAACCAACAUGAACAAAAACUUUCCUUGCAUAUGCCCGUUCAUUUUGUAAUGUAAAACUUCUAAGUGCAAGCCUUACUGCUGUGAUUACCUCUUGUUUUAAUGCCAGUGUUUGUUCAGGUCCCUGACUCCGUUUUCCUUUUUGCGUAUGACUUUGUUCCCUAGUAGAACAUAGUGUAAAGCAGUGCUCACCACUUCAUCUAUCAUCUAACUUACUGCUAUUGAUACACAGACUGUGCUGAAGUAACUGAAUACUUCAUGUUUCCAUUUUAUGUGCCAAGCACCAAUUUAUAUGCUCUGGCCUCUCUAUUAUGACUGAUUUGGUAGUCAGUAGAACAUGGAAAUUAGUUGGGAAGAGCAUGCUUUCACAGCUUGUUAAUGAGAACUCUGCUAUUAAAGUUUGAAUUGGUCAAACGUUUUGGAUUCUGUCACUGGUUCUUAUUUCUUCUGACAUUCAAAGAAGCAGUUGCAGGACACAGAGAUAGUAGAAUUGGAUGAAACAACUCUCAGCUCACAAUGUUUUUGGGUCAUAGCAUUUGAAUGCUUAAGACUUGUGAAAAUAGAGUUUCAUUUAGGGAAUUUAACAGACUGUGUAGUCUAUUUUUGAUACGUGUUUUAGCAAGUAAAAUAGUUAACUUGCUAUUCUGCAUCUACUAAAAUUUAGGAAGUGGUACAGUAAUGACACUCUUCUUACUCAGACUCUUGUUUUCUCUAGUUGCUUAAAGCACAUUUUUCUCUUGAUACCUUUCCCAUAAAAAUCUGCUUCCAGAAAACUUGAAUCAAUUCACAUCAGUGCCUCUUUCACAGUUUUAAAAAGGAGCAUGUAAGUCUCCCACAUGUGCCAUAAUGUUAAAUUCAUAGAUCACAUGAUCUGGAUUCUAGCCUGCUCUGCUGAUUUGCUGUGUCUUCUUGGGUAAGUUAUUUAACCUGUUUUGCCACUAUUAAAAGAUACCUACCUACCUCACAGGGUUGUUGUGAGGCUCACUUAGUCAUUAAAGUGCUUUUGGCAUCUGGCUAAAAGGUGCUACAGAAAUGUAAAAAUAAAUCCUGAUGUAAUAUACCCUAUGAUCCCAUAGACCCAGCUGUCUAUUACUAUUUCCUUUGUCUCUUUGUUUGAACCAUCUUUUAGAUACAGAAAGACUUGAUAAUGCUUUUCAUGCACUUGAAAGAGCUUUUACUUUACCAGCGUUGUAAAUGUUUCAGUAGUUCUGAAGCAAGCAUUUGAAGUUGCCACCUUUUUCUCUGCUAGUUUCCUUUGAGAAGUCACCAGGUUGAAAAUCCUCUUAAGCACAUUAUUAAACUUAUGUUCAUGUAUUUGCAACAUUUUUUAUGAUCCAAAGAAUUUUUAAUUCCAGUUGCUCUAAGUGGAAACUUUAAUCUGUAAUUGCCCUGAAUGUUUCAGGCCAGUUCACACCACACCUUUUUACCUUUUUCAUUGUUGAGUUUAUUGCAUUAUAUCCUGAUCACUUUGAACUGUUGUUAGUAGGGGUUGAAAAGUUGCCAUCAUUAAAGAUUUAAAAAUCAUAAGCACAAGACAGUUGUGACAAAUACCCCAAUCCUAGAAACAAUAAAUACAAAGCUAGUAACAUGCGUGUAAAGUGUUUGGCUGUUAAUAUGUAUUUUUUGUCUUGCGAAUUUUGCAAGUAAGACUCUUUGUGUUAUUGCUUGUUCUAAAGAAAUGAAACUAGAUAUAUUUGUUCAGGUAACUUCUAUUUGAUAUGAACACUGAAUUUUAGAUGUCUCAGUAACAAACCAGAUGCUGUAUGAGGAUUCAGAGGGUGGGACCAAAGCUUAGGGUUGAUUGUUUUGCAUUUCAUCAUAUGCAGUACAUCAGUAUCUUUAAUUCAUGUAAUUCACACUGGUGUGGAUACUAGUCAGAAUGUAUCAUUUAACGUACUUGUAUAUGAAAAAUGUAAAUAAAACCA